AAAUUUCGUUUGUUUUCUUCACAUGUGAUAAUUGUUAAAUAACAACUAAUAUAAGGCGUUCAGAUAUUUUAGUUUUGAAAAUGUCACUUAAAUUUAUAUAUCAUUGUAAUAAUAUCAGAAAAAGUGUUAAUUUUAGCAACACACUUAAAAAUACGGUUCGCUACACUAGUUUUUUCAACAAGCUUCCUGCAACUGAUUUAUGGAAGGGAGUCACUGCUGUAAGUAAUGCUGGUAAGAAACGAGGAAGAGGUAAAGGUACAGGGAAAAAAGUCGCAAAAGAUCUCAACAAGGGUCAAAUAAUUGGAGUUGGAAAAAAAAAUAUAUUAUGGCCUGGGUUAAAUUCACCUAUUAUAAGAGGCAAAGAAAUAGUACAACAACAACAGUUAGCUAAAGAUACAGAAAGGGAAAAAAAUAUUUUAAAAAUACGUGAUGCAAUUGGAGGAUUUCGUGUCAUAAAAGUAAGUCCUGUUGAUCGUGGUUGGUCUGGUUCUAAAAUGCCAGGACGAAGCAUUGGACCCCCUGAUGCCAUAGGCGAUGAUACUUUUGAUGGUUUCGACACUCGAGUUUUAGAAAAUAAAAUCGUUUUCAUUAUGAAAGGUAAUAUGGGAAGAAAACGAAGAUUUUCAGUUCUGAGUGUUACCGGAAAUGGAAAAGGAUUAGCUGGAUUUGCCACCGCAAAAGCAUCCGAAGCUCGUACCGCAUUAAGAAAAUCAAAAAAUAGAGCUGGUCAAAAAUUAAUGAGGAUUGAACUAUGUGACAACCGAACGGUAUUUCACGAUUUUUAUUGUGCUUUCGGAAAAACGAAAAUAUUUGUUUCAAAGAAGCCAGAGGGAUAUGGAUUAGUUUGUCAUCGAGCAAUUCAAACAAUAUGUAAAGUUAUUGGUAUACGUGAUAUACAUGCAAAAAUAGAAGGUUCUACUAAUUUGCAACAUAUAGUAAAAGCAUUUUUUAUUGGAAUUUUAAAACAAAAAUCCCACAAACAAAUAGCUGAUGAAAAAAAAAUGCAUUUGGUAGAAUUUAGAAAAGAACAAGAAGAAAUACCACAUAUUGUAGCUAGUCCAGAUAUUUGCAGAAAACAAGAGAGUAUAACCAAAGAUGAAGUAUUAAAUUUUACACAGUAUGUUUUGGGAAAUAAAAUAGUUUUAAACAAGGCAAAUAUGACCCCAUUUUACACAAAUACUGUUGGAUACAAAUUAUAUUCUAAAAAACAAGAAUUGUUUAGAAAUCAAAACAAUGUAAGACUCAAUAUGUUGAUCAAUUAUAAUAAACUUAAGAGUUUUUUGUCGACUUAAAUAUGUAAAAAAUAAAUGGUAAUAUACCCACUGUGCUAUAUUUCCAGAAUAAUAAUUUUCGGGAAUGUAGCUCAAGGUGAUUUUACAACAAAUUAUA